UUUCGCCCGUUUGUGAUGCCAGUGCCGAUGCUUAGGGUUGGGCAUCAAGUCUCGAGCAUCGAUGGGAACCAGGACUGACAAUCCGAUUACCCCAGAAAUCGUUUAUUCACGCAUCUUAAAAUUUCAAUUGCUAGUUUUGAGUCCGAGUCUGCGGCGGACCGAACACCAAUGAAGAAGAAGCGGCAGUAAGCGUGUGUGUCGAUUGCAACCAUGGACAAUGUGAGGCAAGCUCAAAGGUUUGGCUGAACUUCAUUAAAAAACAAAAAAGAAGACCAGUCAGCUCAGUGCAACAUGUGCCACGCAAUAAUAUUGUGCAUAGUUGGGUGCACAACCAACGCGAUGAAACACCUCCGGAUUCAAGGUGUAGAACUAACAGAGUGCCCUGUCUUUCUUACGCUACGCCGUCCGAACCGGUCAGUAAGUGAAAAAACACAUUUUGUCCAUCUUAUGCCAACAUUGAGGUAGCAAAAAAAAAUCUUCUAGUACUAAUACGGUGGGACAUAUCAAAUAUCCAGCCAAGGUUUGCCUGUGUACUUUUUCAUAGACAAACAUUUUACAAAUUGAUCGUUGUUUGUUUGAUAUUCUGCACCCAGUUAAGUUAAAUGGUUUGAUAUUUAUACAUACAUUGAAAAUAUGAAAAAUUCAUCGGAAAGUUCCUAAAAAGGUCAUCUAAUAACAAAAUUCAUGGAGAUGUUCCGACAUUUCAUCAUCAUCAAAAAGAACCCUGGUUAGCAAUGCAAACUCUUAUGACCUUGCCUCGUAAAAGCAUUGGAAUCAAGAAUUGUUAGGAACCGGAAUCGCAAAGAUGAAUCUGAAUCGGAAUCAUUCAUAUUCAAACGGUGCCCAACCCGACUGAUGCUGGACCUGAGAGAGGGCUUGCUGGCUCACCAUCCCUCUGUUGUAGUUGAUCCCAAAGGUGUUUGAUAAGCUUCUUCAUCCAAGUAUGCCUUUUUGGACAUUCCUUGGUGCACUGAAAAGUGUCUUUUCCAACUGUUCCCACGGUAUUGGAAGGAUACAGUUGUCUAAACAUGUCACAUUAAAAUAAAUACUUAAAAACGAGGGGUCAAGCCCUAAACCCCGAUUGAUGAAUUCACUGAUUAAGACACAUUGUUUCCAGAGGACGGCUGACAAGAGACGGUGGUGGAAGUUAAUUUGUCAUCAUCAGAUGCUGAAACAUGCUCAGCCUGUAACCUUUAACGUCAUUGCCAGUCAAAUGACAGGCACUUUGAACAGGGAACUGGGUUUAUACCAUAUAACACAGUGUGAAAUACAUUCCUGCACUUUUUGUUGCCUUCUUAACGUUUUGAUCAGAGUACAUUGUCAAUUUGGUGCCAUGUGUUAUGCUCUUCCAGCAUUUAUCCUCAGCUUAGUAGAAGUGUGUGAGCACUCGCUCAGUAGCUGCCAGGUAUGAGAGCGGAUCUGAAAAAGCCUCUUUGGCAACGUUUCCGCUUCAUUCUGUCUUUUGUACUUUAAAAGUCGUCAAGUGAUGACAUAAUUAUGAAGUGUCCAGUGGGGUUUGUGCAGGAGAACACAGGAAAUUGAUGUCUUAUCUUGAUUCAGGAUUGUUUUUAUUGUGUCGACUGUCUCCAGUCAAAAUAAUUAUUCAUGUAUCAAUGGACUACUUAUGUAUUGAUCUUGAGAUACGACUUAUGGUGUAUAAUAACAAAUUUACCAGGACAACAUGAAGGUUUACUUUUGAAACAUUGUUAGUCUGUUGAUCUUUUGCAAUGUGAGCAAAUGGAACUUAACUUCCUGGAAGUCUGGCAAAUCUCUACUUUGUGUCGAGUUUAUUCUAAUAUGCGAGUUACCCCAUUUGACAUGAAUUUAUUAAAAUUAUGACUUAAUUUUAGCGACAUCACCACUUUAUUCACAGAGUUACAACUUUAUUCCUCAGGAAAAAAUACAACUGUAAUAUUUUAACAGUACUUUUUAAAAAUUAAUUAUUGUAUUAAUUCAGCACUGUGGAAACGGCUUUAAAAUAAAUAAACACAUAGUUGUAGUAGAGAGCAGUGUCGGCAAUGUGUGUAGUGACCGCUAGGGGCGCCGCACUCCAUGUUCCUGCAAGACACACAGUGGAGAGAACAGACAGCCAUGGAGAGGCUGACAGCCACCGACUAUCUCUCUCUUUGUUACCUUUAAAACUCUCGCCUUUCCCCACAACUAUGACACCGUCCGAGGCGACUGGUUCCGGCCCAGAUACCCGUCGUUGCUCUCCGUGGGGACGAGAAGGAGUUGUUUUGCUGUGGCUUAAGUAGCAGUCUGGAUCUAAUCAUUGCAUUGUGUGGGUUUGACACGGACGUGCUAUUUGGAUGUUUGGACUAUGAGUGUGAGCGACCAAGGGGCCUUUUUGGUGGACCUGGGUGGCAGCUUCAAUGAGGAUGCUCCCAGACCUCCAGUCCCGGGGGAAGAAGGCGAGUUGGUGCUCACUGACGGCCACCAGCACCACCACCCCGCCUUCCUAUCCAAGAAAUGUGAAGCGCCCAUCGCUACGCCCCGGCGAUCUGACCUAGACUUGGGUUAUGAGCCGGAGGGCAGCGCCUCCCCGACUCCGCCUUAUGUGAGAUGGGCAGAAUCGCUUCACUCCCUCCUGGAUGACCAGGAUGGCAUCCAUCUAUUUAGGACGUUUCUCAAGCAGGAGGCGUGCGCCGACCUGUUGGAUUUCUGGUUUGCUUGCAAUGGUUUCCGCAAGCUUGAAACCAGCAAGGGCAACGACGAGAAGCGGUUGAAACUGGCUAAAGCCAUCUAUAAGAAAUACAUCCUGGACAACAAUGGCAUUGUUUCCAGGCAGAUCAAACCAGCGACUAAAUGUUUCAUCAAAGACUGUGUGAUGAAGCCGCAUAUCGAUCCCGCCAUGUUCGACCAGGCUCAGACAGAGAUCCAGACCAUGAUGGAGGAGAACACCUACCCUUUAUUCCUUAAGUCAGACAUAUAUUUGGAACACACGCAGACAGAAGGAGAGAGUCCCAAACUAUACGCCGAUCAAAGUCCAACUUCUGACAAUGCCAAGAGUCUGGUGGGUUAUUUGCCAACGUUGAACGAGCACGAGGAAUGGAGAUGCGACCAAGACCCGGAAGAGAGGCCUGAUUGUGACCCUACACCCAACAACAGGUUCACGCACAGGCUGCUUAUGGAAACGCCACCACCACGCACUGCCAGCAGAUUCCAGGAUGAGUACAGACUUGCCCCCUGUCGGGAGCCCACCAAGCGCUACUACGCCAACGCCGGCCAUGCAUUGGCUCCCGCCACUAGCGCCAACGACAGCGAGCAGCAGAGUAUGUCCAGCGACGGGGACACGCUCUCCCUGACCGACAGCAGCAUAGAUGGCGUUCCACCCUACAGAUACCACAAGCCUCAUCGGCGGGAGAUGCACGAGAGCGCUCGAGCAAACGGGCGCGUGCCGCUGCCUCUCAUCCCUCGCACAAACAGGAUUCCUAAGGAUAUCCACGUGGUGCCGGAGCGCUUUGCUGCCGACCUGAUCCUCCGCCUGGAGGGCGUUCUGCGAGAGAGGGAGACAGAAGAACAACUGGAGAGACUACGACUGGGAGAGGAAGGUGAUGAAACGGAUACGUCAAUUGCAAGUGCUCAUCCGAAGAAUUCCAACUCCGCCGACUACUUCCUGAGGGACGCCCACGAGGAGAACCCAGAGAGCAUCCUGGACGACCACGUCCAGCGCGUCAUGAAGACUCCAGGCUGCCAGUCGCCGGGAACAGGACGCCAUUCUCCAAAGUCCCGCUCGCCCAACGGCUUCCCAGCGGGUAAAGGGAAUAUGGUACCGUCCUGGGGUAAAUACAGGCAUGGUCUCAAGGGAGAGUCGGCACACAUGCACCACUACAAGACUGGGGCUGGGAAGCUCAAAGAGCAAGUAGAGUCACCCUGGGGCGUGGACAAGUUUCACAUGUUUGCAGAUGGCAUCGGAUCUACGCACAUGGACUAUGCAACUUAUGGCAAAGGAGGUCCGCAGUGUCGUCGAGCAUGCAGGCGUGGGGAGGAGGUGCCAGGUCCUGGAGAUGACAUGGAGAAGAACCAGAAGAUCCUCUUGUGGCUGAUGGAGGGGCAGAAGGAGAUGAUCCGACACAAGAGGAGCCCAUUUGGCACCACCAUGGGCUCAAAAAAAGUUCCUGGCCACACUGGGUCCCAUCCCGGCUCAGCAUGGGCCGACGUGCAGCCAUCACAUCCUUUCAUCCAGGAUCCCACCAUGCCCCCCAACCCUGCCCCGAGCCCCCUCAUCCAGCUGGAGGAAGUCCGCCGCCGGCUGGAGGAGGAAAAAAUCAAGUCUGGCGUUUUGCAACCCAAGCAGAGGUAUGUGAUGGAGGUCAUCCAGCGGGGUCGCACUGUGGUCAGGCCUGCACUGGUCCCUCCGCUCAGCGUGGUGCCCGCCGUUUCGGACUGCGAGCUCUCCGAGCCCGAGCACAAAGCUACUACUAAAAAGCAAGCAUGUGACAACACGACAGUGGCAUAUUACUUCUGCGGGGAGCCGAUACCGUACAGGACGUCUGUCAAAGGGCGCCUGGUGACGCUCGGCCAGUUUAAAGAGCUGCUGACCAAGAAAGGAAACUACAGGUAUUAUUUCAAGAAGGAGAGCGACGAGUUUGACUGCGGGGUGGUGUUCGAAGAGGUGCGCGAAGACGAUGCCACCUUGCCGAUAUUUGAGGAGAAGAUUAUUGGAAAGGUUGAAAAAAUCGACUAAAGAGCGAAGCAGGGAAGGAAAGAAGGAAUCGUUACGUAGACUGAAGGUGAACAGGAAGUGAGGAGGAGGUGUGGCUUUGUGUCGCUUGCUAGAUGAAGAAAGAAAAAGCGCUGCAUAUUUUGUAUAGUCCUUUCUAAAGUAAACCACACUUUCUUUAUAAAUAUGUAUUGAUACCAGAUGUGUACAGUUUGUAGUAACAAAUAACUACAUUUUAUAUCUAUUUAACUAUUUAAAAAUGCUAAUUUGCAAUCCUAGCAAAAAGCCCCCCCCCCCAAUGAAGACGAUCACGAUGUUUUUUUAUUGAAAGGUAUUAUACUGUAUUUAUUUGUUUGGAUUUUUCAAGUAAUUUAUUUGGUGACAUUUUAGCAGCACUUUUCUAAUGUUUUCAUGUUAUUUCGGUCUCGGCGUGGGCACGCUGUUCUGAUUCAGGUUUUAUUGUAGUGAGACCAUAAUUGGGAUAGAAAACGAAUUGAAGCCCAGUAUUAUUUGUAUUGGCUAUUUAUGACACCCAACCUAACACAAGUGUUAGUGAAAUUGUGAGCGAGCAGUCAAAGAUUUAAAUGUCGGUUUAAAUAUCUAUGCAAGCUGCUGUCAAAUAUUCUUCAUAUAAUAGUCGGGCUUCCUGUUAUUUGUGUCAAACGUGCAUUUGAACAUUGAGUCGUCGUUAUGUUAUCGUUAUCGCAGCAAUUGAAUCGAAGCGUCUUCCAGCAGCGAUCCUUAUUUACGUUGAAAAUUGUUCACUUUGGGUGCCUAAAUCCUCAAUUUGGUGCCUGGCGGGGUUGUAAAUAACCAGAUUACUGAAGUCAAAUGAGUCCAAUUUUUUUGCUCUGGGGUCUCCCCCCUGUGGGUGUGAAGCGUAACUGAGCCAAGACCAUAUGGUUUAAGAAGCUAAGCUAAUGAAUGUACAUGCUAAAUUUAACUUGAACUUAUUCUGUACUGUACUGUAACGUUAACCGUUAGCACUAACACUGCCCGGAAGGUGUGUCCUGGCUGGACCACCAGUUCAUAUUGGGCCAAGGUUGCCGUGGCAACAACCACCGAGCCGCAGUGCUCCUUUUUACGAGCCAGUAUGGCGUCGCCAUUAUUUCUGAAGCAGGUCAAAUUGUUACAUAUUGCUGCUUUAAUAAAACAACCCCUUUCAUUGAUAGUAUUUAUUGUACUUUGGAAGCGCUGUGUUCAUUACUGCCAGAAGCCAGAAAAAAGGUCCUGUUCUUUGAAACGUCUUGUAUGGCUCAUCGAUUUGCUGCAGUCGCUACUGAAGGACGUGUCACAAUAAAAGCAUUACAUAAGCGGUACGCCUUGAGGUGUCACGUGUGCUUACAGAAUGUGUUCAGCGCUACCCAUUGAUUUAGAUGCAGUAUAAUUAUGAUAUAUUCAGCUAUGGGAGUACACAAUUUCUGUUAUGUACAUGUUUUUGUUUGAAAACUAGGCUGCCACGUUUUAUUUUGAAAGCCCCAAAAGUCAGUCAACUGUGUAAAGUGACCAUCAGAGUGCCUUUAAUAUUAUUAUUUGUAUUAUUAUUAUUAUCAUUCAGAUGGAUUGUUGCAGUGUUUGUAUGUAAAUAUGUGCAACAUGAACGUGUCAUCAACCAGCAGCCCAGUCAGCAGAUUCACAACAAAAACAAAGUGAAAACGGUACCUGGACAAUAAAUACAUGCAAUAA